CUAUUUUUAUAAAUAAUCGAUUUUUAUAUAUAAUUAGCUUGCCCACCGCGCUUACUUACUUGCACACCACUUGUCACGCAACUUCCACUCCAAUUCUCGCCUCCUCCUGCUCCUUAUAAACACUCUCACACUUUUCACUCUUCACUCAAAACCUAAAAUUCAUCUCUUUCAAUAAUCUCUUUUCUCUCUCUCUCUCUCUCUCUAUGGCUCUAGAAGCACUUAACUCACCCACUUCUACUACCCCUAAAUUCACUUUUGAUGAUUCACCUUCUCUUCCAUGGACUAAACGUAAACGUUCUAAGCGUUCACGUUCUUGCACUGAAGAUGAGUAUCUUGCUCUCUGUCUCAUCAUGCUCGCUCGUGGCAAAACCAACGCUCACGAUUUCAACCCAAAUCCAGCAGUAACCACUGACAACAACAACGUUAACAAUAAACAUAGUUAUAAAUGUUCUGUUUGUAACAAAGAGUUUUCUUCUUAUCAAGCACUUGGUGGGCACAAAGCAAGUCACCGAAAAAACUCUACCACCGCCGCUGGAACUGCCGGAGUUGAUGAACAAUCAACUUCAUCAGCCGCAACCACAACAAGUUCUGCAAACACAGCCGUUGGAAACGGUGGUGGUGUUAGAUCUCAUGAGUGUUCGAUUUGUCAUAAGUCUUUUCCAACUGGACAAGCUUUGGGUGGACACAAACGUCGUCACUAUGAAGGUACUGUCGGCGGCAACGGCGGUGGUGGUGGUGGUUCUGCUGCUACAACAACUGUAUCUGAAGUAGGGUCCACACAUACUCGUGAUUUCGAUCUGAAUAUCCCGGCUUUUCCGGAGUUUGGUAACAAGGUCGGUGAAGAUGAAGUUGAAAGUCCUCAUCCUGUUAUGAUCAAGAAAAAGCCUCGUGUUUUCGUGGUGCCCAAGAUUGAAAUUCCUAUUCUCCAUUGAAAUUUGAGAUGUAGAUUUAGUGAAAUAUUAGUUGGCAAAUUUAAUAUUUUGUUUUUUCUUUAAUUAUUUACAGAGUUUUUUUAUUUUGUAUAUAGGACUAGUUUGGACUGGGGGAUUGAUUCUUGGACUCUGUUUUUUACUUUUUAUUUAUUUAUUUAUUUAUUUAUUAUGAUUA